UCUUGGGGCGGCUCCUUCCCCGACCCUCUCUUCUUCUUCUUCUUCCUCCUCUCUUCUCACGGAUGCAGCAUCCUCCUCCUCCAGUUGCUUCCGUUGCUGUGAUGGAGUUCCGUGGUUCCAAAUCCCCAUUCGAUUGUCUUCUAUUAGAUCUCGAUGACACCUUGUACUCUUCCACAAUUGGCAUCAGACAAGCUUGCAAGAAGAACAUCGAAGAUUUUCUCGCUAGCAAAUGCGGUGUAUCAGAAGGACGAGCCUCCGCUCUUCGCGUCGAGCACUUUCGGUCCCACGGCAGCUCCCUCGCAGGCCUCCUUGCUCUCGGUUAUGACGUACACCCUGACGAGUACCACAGCUUCGUUCAUGGGAGAUUGCCGUACGAACUGAUCCGACCUGAUGCGGGGUUGCGGGAGCUUCUUCUCAGCAUUCCCCAGCCCAAGAUCCUGUUCACCAACUCGGAUAGGCAGCACGCGAGGAGGACGCUGCGGAGGUUGGGCGUCGAGGAAGACUGCUUCCACCGCAUCAUUUGCUUCGAGACGAUGAACCCCCACUUGUUUAAGGACGAGAGGGAAGCCGGGUCUUCCGGGCCAUUACCGGCCACGAGGAACGUGGAGGUUAUCCUUAAGCCCUCUGCGGCGGCGAUGAAGAUGGCCGUGUGGCUCGCUGGCUUCGCUCCUCAUCGCACGCUGUUCGUGGAUGACAACGAGAGGAAUAUUGCAGCAGGGAAAGCAAUUGGCCUCCGGACCGCUCUGGUCGGGAAGCGUGAGAGGACGAAGGAAGACGAUUACUUGUUGGAUAGCAUCUCCGAGUUGAGGCAAGUGAUACCGGAGAUUUGGGGCGAGCAGGAGAAGAAGGGAGGUGGCGAGCACGGGGCGGUAACAACAAUGAGGCGUGACUUGGAUUCCAUCAGGGAAACCACCCCGAUCGGCGCUUAGUCGCCAUCACCUCAUGGCCGGCAUCGACAGCACGCCAAACUCUACUGCUCCUGCGUCGCCAUCGCCAUUGCUUUGGACAGCGAUCUAUGUGAUCCUUCUUCCUCGUGCAUUGCUGACAGGAUCUGCAUCCUCUCCUCCGUCAUCUUCUCCGCUACUGUGACGCUGAUGGCGGCCACUAGCGGUAGAGGUUGCUUGUUGUAUGGCCUAAAGAUUACGCUGAUUGAUGGACGCGAUUGAGAUGUACUGAAUGGACCCAAGUUUGCGUAACAUGUUUAAUACAACGUAAAAUUUAACGUGAAA